AUGUGUUUUACCGGUCUGAUCAGUAGAUCAUGCGAUAGGUUUCUCACGCACCCGGAUCUCAUGCGCCUGUUUCAACUCCACCAUAGCUUACCCCAUCUCGAGGGAGAACCGGAGCAUUAUACGGAUGGUCUGUAUCUGAAGACAGAAUACGACAGCGGGAAAUGGUUCAAGGAUGAGAUGCUUUGGGAUGGUCCAAAUCAACACAACCCUAUGCCACAUAUUCCGAUCAUCAACAUCACUGAAGCUCAAUGUAAUUUCGGUGAAAGGAUCUUCAUGAAGAGGGUUUAUAGGUGUUCUCUUCACGCUGGAAAAAUUAUCAUCCAUUACCUAGUCCUUAAAAAUGAUGGAUCUGAUGUGGAGGAUAGAUCGGAAGACGAACCUGAUCCAUAUCCGGAAUACAGACAACCUUUAAUCGAACUUGUCCAAAAACCGUACAUUCCUCAGUGUAUCUUCACUGAACUGUCGGAAGAGGGUUCAGUGAAGCCAACAUGUUAA